CGAGUUCACAGCCAGCUUAGGAGGUCCAGUAGGAGAAGCCUUCCCCUGUCUCGAUACCAAGGAAGGGAUUAAAAAGAAGGAACUUGUCUCAAUAGGGAUCUAAACAAAUUCAUCUCCAAUUCUAACGGGCAGAUAACAUUCAUGACACAGGAAGCUGAUUUUAUUUGCUAUGCUCGGGUUGUUGAGGUCCUGCGACAAAAUGGCAGGUCUUUUGUCUUUUGCACUGGAUGCAGCAGGAAGCUAGACAAAUCUGGCACUUUUUUCCGUUGCAAUCGUUGUGAUAAUCCCAAUGUGACUGGUGUUAUAAAAGACCGUGUUGAACUAUCAGUUGAUGAUGGGAGCGACAAUGCCACUUUUGUGGUGUUCGACAGAAAGAUGCUUAAACUCACUAAACAAGAUGCAGCUGUUCUAGCUCUCGAUGAGAUGAAUGGUGGUGGCGGUGAUGAACUCCCACACUGCCUUAAAGAACUUGAUGGAAAAGAUUUUGUAUUUCAGAUACGUGUGACACCAUACAAUUUCACCUCAAACCACCGCACUUUCACUGUUUCUGGAAUCAGUGACCACAUUAACCCGAGACUUUCAACACCAAUGAAGCUCCAUUGUUGAAGGGGAAGGUAGUGAAGCAUCCGCUUCUGUCAGCAACACGCUUGGAGGUCAAGGCGAUGAGCCAAAUCCAUCCGGGUAUGAAGGCAAAGAGGGUGGUGGCCGCAAACGCCCCCGUGAGUGAAGUUACAGAGCUGUUAAACGGUCAACACAACUCUGCUUUCGUCUCAUUAUAAUUUCCUAAAUUGCUAUGCAUUUCCUAUUUCAGACUUUGCAAUAUUUUUCCCAAUUUCCUGUUUUUUUAAGCCAUUUACGGCAAAGUAACUCUCUCGAGGAGAAGAUUUUCUGAUAUUUAAUAGUAAAAAUGAAGGGUUGACAUAAUA